UUCGAGUGAUAAGAUACAUGUAUUGGCGAGGAGGAGCUGAGUUAAUCGUGAAAUUUCGCUAUGGCCAACGAAGCCCUCCAAAAGAAACUUCAAGAGGAGCUAGAGAAGUUCAAGGCAUCAGAGAAGGAAUACCAAAAUGCUGUUGGCCUAAGAAAGCAAUUAGAUGCACAACUAAAUGAAAACUCUAUGGUGAAAGAUGAACUUGAUCUUCUAGAAGCAGGGAGCAAGGUGUUUAAGAUGAUGGGUCCAGUUCUUAUACAGCAAGAUGUGGAAGAGGCCAAUGCCACUGUCAAGAAACGAAUGGAAUACAUCACAGGAGAAGUAAAAAGGUAUGAUAUCCAAAUCAAGGAUCUAGAGAAGAAGCAAGAGGCCCAUAGAGAGAAAUUAGGUAAACUCCAACAAGAGUUCUCCAAAGCGCACAUGAAAGCAGGUGGAAAGACAUAAUGACAACACAGCUUGUAGCCAUACUGACUGUAUCAAACUUUUUUUUUUUAAUGUUGUGUGUUUGGAAGGUGUAUUUUGCAAGCCAUAUCUCCUUUCUCUCUGACCUGUCAGCAAAGGAUCAUUUAUGUUGCUGCUGAUCAACGCCUGGUCAUCCACUCUCAGCAGGAACUGUUGAGUAGCCACUGGACAGAGUUUUCUUUUCCAUCAUGAACUUCUCUUUGCUUCUUGGGGAAGAAAAUCUUUUCUUGAUGUGUCCAUCUUGACAGAUUCAUCAUGUACGCGAAGAGCACUUCAAAAUCUGCAUUUAUUUAUUUAAUACAAAGCUAAAUCUACAUUAGUCUUAAUUAUUUAGGACCACCAAAAAUAAAAGUUUAAUGUGUACUGAAUUAUAAAUAAAGGUAAGGGGAUUAACCAUUUGUAUAUAAAACACAAUAUAAUUUUAUAUUGUACGUAAGUGGUUAAAAAAAUUACAUGAAUACAAUGUACUUCUCUAUACCCUACACAUCUGGUUUAUGUCCAUCACUUUUUGGUUAAGUGUAAAUUCUAGACAACAUGCAUGUUGGACAUCAUACUUUUGACUAUGUGUAUCUCAAUUUGAUAUCAUAAUAACUCCUCACUUCAGAUUUUACCCUCUUUGGCAAAUUUGGUAGGAAUUUUGUAGGAAUUGUCUAACAUGAUAUCCAUUGGACCAAUGAAUUGCACAGAUUUUUAAGUUUUUUCAUGACAGAAGUGAUAUACAAACUGUUAUUAAUAUGCCCCACUUGUUUUUUAUCAAAUAUUUCAGGGGUCUGUUGAAUAAUGGGUAUAUUUGUAAAGUACUCCUUUCAUUGUAUUUUUGUCAGUUGUAUGUAUGUAUGAUAAUUUUAAGCUAGAUAACAAAUAGAAUUAUGUGUGUUUGCUGUUUCCCAUUCUGUAGCCCAUACAAAUUGUUCAGUUCACAAUUUUUUUUAAUUUGUGCAAAUUGCAUUUUCAUUCAUAAUCAUUUAUGUGAGUUUAAUUAAGUUUGUCCAGUGUCUAAUUAUGACAAUAAUGAAGGGGUUUUCAGCCCAAACCAAUUUCACCCUUAGCCUAUUGUCUGCUGCUUUGUUAGGAAAAUGAAAGUGUGAACUUCAUAUUGAGUUAAAAAUAUGAACCUGUUGACCAUACACUAUCUGAUUAAGAAUGAUGGCUUCAUGUCAAUUAAAAAAAAUCAUGUAUCAAACACAAAGUUGGUAUGAAAAUGUAUAAGUUGAAAAAAGGAUUUAUUGAAUGAAAUCCCCCAGGAUUUAAAUUCAAAAUGACCACUUUAUGUGCAGAGACAUACUAUCCCUACAGUACCACUGACCAUCCAAUGACCCACUCCAUAUAAUUACAUGCACAUUUAGUCACAAUGCAAUGGAUGUGCACACAGGAAAGGUUGAAUUAAACAUUUUUAUAUCUAACAGGUAGAAACGCCUCUAGCAGUCUCGCCUGCUAAAUGCUAUUCAACAUAGCAGCAUUGCUGAUUUUGAAAAUAAGUAAGGGAAUCAGAGGCUUGAGUGAAAUGCUUAAAACAGCCCUGUGCCAGCUGCACAGAAAUAAUGUGCAUGUUAAGUAUAUGGAUUGGAAGGUUUAUUUAAUUCCCAAUUUUGUAACUGGAUAUUGUUCUUAAUAAAUGCAGACAUACACAGGGCAUGAAAGUGAUUUCAUGGCCCACUGUACUCUGCUGAAGAAAUUA